ACAGAUAAAGAGAGAGAGAGGAUGCUGAUGAUCCCCACUCGGCCAAGCGGAGUCUUUUUUUUGCUAUUGAAGGGAAUUAAAUAAGGACUAUUUCGCAAAGAAGAAAGGACGAGGUGGCCGACAAUUAUUUUGAAAAGCUUCCAAAACCUUUUUUUACAUCCCCUUUCUUAUUUUCUUCGCAUCCCUCCUCCUCCUCCUCUUCCUCCUCCACCUUCCUCCUCUUCUCCUGAGAGGCCCGCGAGCUUUCUCACGCUGCAGGGGUUUCCUUCCACCACCUCUUAUUUACUUUUAUUUAUUUAUUGUUAAUACUGUUUUUGUUGUUUGACUGCUCGCGAGCCUCUGUCUGCCGGUGCACGAGAGCGCAGAGAGAGAGAGGGAGAGAAAGAGAGAGCGAGAGACCCCCCGGAGGGAGCUGUCCGGUGCUGAAGUUGCAUUUCUCCUCUUUCUCGUGCACGAGAACCAGACAGAAGACGAGCAGAGAAGAAAGGAAGACAUUUAAAUAAAAGAAAGAGGUGAAGACUCUCCAUCGGAUCAGUGCAAGACUCUCUUCCUCAGUCCACUGCGUGUGUGCGUGCGUGUGUGCGCGUGUGUGUGUGUAACGGAUUGAAACCACCAGCACGCUGGCCAGGCCGUCGUGGAUCGGCUGUGUUGUUUGUGAGUGUGUGUCGUUGUGUUGAGUCGGUGUCGCACCAUGCCAAGGUCCUUCCUGGUGAAAAAGGUGAAACUAGAUGAUUUCUCCACGGCGGACCUGGAGAGCGUCUACCGGCACAGGACAGACCUCAGCCUGCGGCUCCAUGACAAAGCUGGUUACAUCAGUGACUACAUCAGCCCUGUUGUGUACGAUGCUGAGAGUGACAGCGGGAUCAAGGUGCCGUCUCCCGACCCGCUCUACGACGGCAUCCACAGCGACUAUGGGGCCCCGGACUCUGAGUCGCCCGACAGCCCCAGUUCGGAGAUCACCGAUGGCUACAUCAACGGAGAUUCUGCAGUGAGUGAGGGUUACUCAGUCGAUGCCUUCUACAUCACCGACGGCCGCUCGAGGAGGAAAGCUAUCAGCAGCCCCCGGACCAUUCAGAGGCACACCUGCAACGAGUGCGGCAAAACCUACGCCACGUCCUCGAACCUGAGCCGGCACAAACAGACACACCGCUCACUGGACAGCAAGCUGGCAAAGACAUGUCCGACCUGCGGGAAGGUGUACGUGUCCAUGCCCGCCAUGGCCAUGCACCUGCUCACCCACGACCUCAAGCACAAGUGUGACGUGUGCGGGAAGGCGUUCAGUCGACCUUGGCUCUUGCAGGGCCACAUGCGCUCUCACACGGGUGAGAAGCCGUUCGGGUGUGCCCACUGCGGGAAGGCCUUCGCGGACCGCUCCAACCUGCGCGCUCACAUGCAGACCCACUCGGCCUUCAAGCACUUCAAGUGCAAACGCUGCGACAAGACCUUCGCGCUCAAGAGUUACCUGAACAAGCACUACGAGUCCGCCUGCUUCAAAGGCCCUUUCUCCCCUCUCGGCCCCUUAGAUGCAUGA